CUGGACCUGUAGCAACAAAAGUGUCGUCAAGGACGGUGUACAUUCUGUGCCAGUAAUCAUUAAUAACUUGGAAGAACGGAUCAUGUUGUCUGUCGCUGUGUUGUGUGUGUUAGUCGCUGGCUGUUUCAGCUUCACCAGUGAGCACGCCAAGCUGGUGGCCAUGUUCCAUGAUAUGGACAUUAACCAUAAUGGACUCCUUACUCUUCACGAUAUCGGCGCCUUCUUACAGCACCUUGGACACGAUCCCCACAGUGAUAUAGAGAAGGAGGAGUUUAUGAAAAGCUGGAUGCAGAAGUACGGUGACACAGGGGUACAGGCCAAUGUUAUUUUCAACUUCUUCGAUACAAGUGGGAAUGGUAUGCUCUCCGUGGACGACUAUGUCGAGCUGUUUAAUAAGUUUGACGGCAACGGCGAUGCUUCAAAGCGGGACAAGCUGGUAACCUUUGUCGAGUUUGAGGUCGUCAUGAAGAAGGUUUACGUCAACAUUGGCUAA